GUAGUAAUCGAUUUAUUUUCUCCAGCACAAUGUAACCUCAAAAAGAGAGGCUUGUGGCGUCGUUAGUUGGAAAUGAAGCAUAAGAUGAGUCAAAAUGUAUCUCACGAUUUUUAACUAUUUACCAAUAUUAUUGGUUUUUACGGAAGCGAGAGGACCUCAUCAUCCUAGAGGAGAGAAAAUUGUUAAACGACAUGUUCAUUAUAAGCCUAGUAAGGAAACUAAUGAAAAGUUGACUGAAGAUGUACAACUAUUACAUGAUAAAGAGCAUUUACAAGAACAUUUAGAGGACGUCAUUCCCGAUCCAGACUUCUCUAAAAUGACGGACGAAGAGUUGGAGUUUUAUUAUUUCCAAGUUCACGACACAGAUAAAAACUCCAAGUUGGACGGUCUUGAAAUAUUACAGGCUAUAAUUCAUACCGAUGAACAUAAUGACGCUGAGGGGAAUGAUGGAAAUCACGUAUCUUCCACUCAAAGUUCGGAUUUGAGUUAUUAUAUUGAAUUGAUUGAUCAAGUGCUAGAAGAAGAUGAUGCUGAUCAUGAUGGAUAUUUGAGUUAUUCAGAAUAUGUGGCCAGAAGAAGAAAUCAGUAUAAAAAUAUUGAAGUAGCCAGGUCGCCUGGAGUGAAAAUAGUGUGACCGAAACAUGUCAAGUUUAUAUGAUGAUAGUGACAGCCAUAAUUUUUCAUCAGAUGUUAAAUAAAAUUUCACUGCGAUA